UUUACCGACGCUUAUGUAGUUGUCAUUUUUGGAAUUGUAAGCAGAGUUUAAGUAGCAAAAUUCAAAGUCUAACCCAUGCGGGAUGCUGCGAAGUAGCAUCAGCUCAAAUGAAUCGGAGCUGCUAGAUGCAGCGACGCCGCGGCACUCGCUGCUGUCGGGUCGCUUCAAGCAGAGCUUUGCCUAUGUAACGCUCAGAUCGCGUAUGCCGGGCAUUAUGCUUCAAGUGAUACAGACGCUGCAGAGCAAGCAGCCGGAGCUGGUGCAGGAGUACGGCGAGGAGGUGGAGAAGGAUCUGCGCGUUAUUAUUGAGUCUGUGGAGCGAUUGAAGCGUGAGCUUAGUCGGGAUACGCAGUUUACGCUCUUCCAUGGCAAUGAGCCGGAUAAGCUGGAGUGGAAUGCAUUUCUGUCGGAGCUGCCGCAUCCGAAGCGCUCUUACUUUCGCGCCUGUUGGAUGCACGCCGAGUGCUACCUGUACAGGCGGCUCUACUCUUUUUUCGAAAACAGUCGCUUGCUGCACAACUUUGACUACUUUGCCGAUCUGAAGCAGGAGGAUCUGAAGCUAAGCGGCGUCGCCAUGCAGUCGCUGGCGGUGGCCACACGUGGUCUGGGCAAGAAUUUCGAGUCGUUCAGCAAGCUGAUGCGCAUUAAUCUGUGGAGCAAUCACUACGAAAUUCAGCUGAGCGCAUUCUCGCACGAAAAGCUGAGCAAUUAUGUGGACAUUGAUCUGAUGGCGCAAGUGGCGGGCUUGGACAAGCAUUUGCUCAUCAAUGAGUCCACCCUGGUGUGGAAUUGCCUAAUGAAGGCGAAAGGACAGAAGCAGAUUGUUGUCGAGUAUAUAUGCGACAAUGCAGGCUUUGAGUUCUUUACGGAUCUGCUGCUCAGCGAGUAUCUGCUGGAACAUGGGCUGGCCACGCAGGUGCGCAUGCAUGUCAAGGCCAUCCCCUGGUACAUAUCCGAUGUCAUGGAGCGCGAUGUGGAGUGGACCGUUAGUUUCUUGAUGCAGCAUAAGCAGCCAAUGGUCUCCAUGGUGGGUCAUAAGCUGGCGCGCAUGAUGGCCGAGCAGCGUCUGGUGCUGGCGCCCACUACACAUUUCUGGACAGGACCGCAGCCGUAUUUUGUCAUGGUUGAUUGCAACAUUGAGCUCUAUCGUAUGUUUACUGGCUCUCAGCUGGCCAUUUUCAAAGGCGAUCUUAACUAUCGCAAGCUGCUGGGCGAUUACAUUUGGGAUUCGGCGGAGGAGUUCAUUACCUGCCUGCGUGGCUUUCGUCCUUGCAACAUUUGCGCCAUGCGCACGGUCAAGUGUGAAGUGAUAUGCGGCCUGCCCGAGGGCGUGGCCGAUCAUCUGCUCAGAGUCGAUCCACAGUGGAUGAUCUCGGGCAACUACGGCGUCAUCCAAUAUACGGAUAGUCUAAAGUGCAACUGCUAUCUCUCUAGUCCGCCGUCCAAGCGCAACAGUUAACCAAAUUUCCACUCGGACACUUACAUAUGGCAGCGCUUCAGGCCAGGCCAGGCCAGCCAGCAAUCAGCACUCGUCUCUUGUAGCAUCUAAAGCGUAUUGUAUUUUUUUCAUUUUUUUAUUAAAUGCAGCUUGGCGCUCCGGCAAUGUCUUAAUUUGCCGCCG